AUGAGGUCUACGCUGACGCCCCAGGCCGCGCCAGAGUCGGAGAAGAGGCGGAAGAAGGUCGAUUUCGAUGUGCUCUACGACUUUCGGGCCGGCGGGAAGGACGGCGCGAUGACGAAGCAGGGCUUCCUCCGAAAGCAGGGUAACCGGAACAAGGGCUGGAAGCGCAGAUGGUUCAGCCUCGAGAACAGCACCAUCAGCUACUGCAAGGCCCGCAAGGACGUGGUGCCGAUCGAUGUGAUCGAGCUCAUGAAGGUUACACAGGUGACGUCCACCCCGAGCGACAAGAACGAGAAGCGAUCCAAGUUCAACAUACAGCUGCACACCGACAAGCGCGUGUACCAGAUCUCGGCCGAGACCCAGGAGGAACAGCGCUCAUGGUUCGUACGCAACCAUGUGCUGAGCCACGGGGGCGCCCAGGACCGGUUCGUCCAGAAGGCGUGGAACAGUGUGGGACUGCCGCGCGGCACCCGCGGCGGCUCCCAAAUCGUCGAGCUCUACGGCAAGCACCUCACCUGCUCCACCUCCUCCCCCGGCACCACCUCUGCCGCCACCGAAGUGGUGACGUGGCACAUAGGGGACAUCAAGUGCUCGCCUGACGCGAUGAACGAUCGGCUGGUGGUGACCACGCCCGACAACCUCACCUCCUACAUAAGCCUGUCGACGCUCGACUCGCGCUCGCCGGGCGCCGACACGUUCCUGAUCGACCUGUUCGAUGCCAUCGAACACAACCGCAAGCUCGAGCAGCCCGGCCUGCGCGCGGUCUACGAGGCAUUCCUGGCGAGCCAGGCGAUGGAGGAUGCCACGCCAGCAGAGCCCUUAAGUGUGGACGAGCUGGCCGGCAGAGCCCAGAGCCUGGCCGAGAACUGGCCCGUGCGGUACAAGCGUGGGCUGCUGUCGGUCGCUGUCGGGCGGGACGAGCCGAUGCCCGCCUGGGUGCAGGUGGGCGGCCUCGUGCUGUCGUGCUUUGAAAAACCUGACUCGCCCAAGCCGGUCUGUACGCUGGAUCUGGCGCAGAGCGAGGUGACGUUGGAGUCGGACAGCAUCGUGCUCAACCGCGACGGCGGCUCCAAGAUGUGGGUCCUCUCCGGCUACAACAUCUCCUCCCUCAAGCCCGCCAGCGACAUCAACCGGCUGGAGUGGGCUGUGGCGCUGUGGGGCAACAUGAAGCGGCUGAGGAAGCAGAGGCACCUGAUCACCGACGAGAAGCUGAUCCGAUUCAAGCGCGGGUGCGUCAAGCACAACGGCACCAAGGCCUGGUGCGAGCUCGACGAGUACACCCUCCGCUUCUUCCACAGCGCCAAGGCGUUGAGCUGGUCGACGGCGGUGCUGCUGCUGACGGUCACGGACAUGAAGGCGACGACGACCGAGCUGUGGAUCAAGACCUUUGGCGGCGACGAGCACACGCUGGGCUUCGAGGCCCUCGGGGCCGAGUGGAAGGGCGCCAUCCAGAACAACGUCGCCAUCCUCAAGCAGGUCCUCGCCGGCAAGACGCCCUCGCUGCCCGCGGCCACCGGCGGCCGCGGAGGCAGUCGCUCGCCCAAUAGCGGCAGCCCCACUAAAUACCCCGCGAGCGCCGGCGGCCAAUCGGGCGAAUACUCCACGGCCGCGGCCCUGGUCCACGUGCGGUCCGCCGCCGGCGCCGAGAUCCAGCCCGACGAGAUCUCGCUCGGCGCUAAGCUUGGCGACGGCUGCUUCGGCGCCGUGUUCCGCGGCGUGUGCCGCGCCAACGACGUCGCGGUCAAGAUACCCCUGGUCCAGCUGCAGGACCUCGACGAGGCCCAGCUGCAGCUGCUCCGCACCGAGGUCGAGAUCAUGAGCGCCAAUCCGCACCCCAACAUCGUGCUGUUCAUGGGCGCCUGUACCAUUCCGGGCCAGUUCAAGAUCGUGACGGAGCUGAUGCACGGCGACCUCGACACGCUGAUCAAGCGGAGCGGCCUCAAGUUCUCGCUGUUUGAGAAGAUGCGCAUGGCCAAGGACGCCGCGCUGGGCGUGAACUGGCUCCACUGCUCCAACCCGCCCAUCAUCCACCGCGACCUCAAGGCCGCCAACCUCCUGUACAACAAGAACGAGACCUCGUACAAGGUGAAGGUGUGCGACUUUGGGCUGAGCGCGAUCAAGCCCACCUCGACCAUGAAGGACCAGGGCGGAGCCAAGGGCACCCCCCUUUUCAUGGCGCCCGAGGUGAUGAUGCAGGAGGAGUUCGACGAGAAGGCCGACGUCUACAGCUUCGGCAUCGUCCUCUGGGAGAUCCUCACCGGCAAGGACCCGUUCCCGCACCACUCGGACUACACCGAGUUCGUGCGUGCGGUGGUGGAGGACGAGGAGCGACCGCCCCUGCCGGCCGACUGCCCGACGCACCUGCGACAGCUGAUCGAGUCCUGCUGGGACGCCUACCCCGAGAACCGGCCCGACUUUGACGAGAUCAACUCGGUGCUCGACGAGAUCAUCGUCGAGGCUGCCAUCUCCGAGCUCUCCGCCUGUCGCUUCUGGAUGCGCUACUUCAUCAAGGAGUAUGUGGUGACGUGGGUGGACUUUGUGCGGGCGCUGUAUGAGUACCUGGACGAGACGCCGCUGCCGAGCGUGUACGACGUGGACGAGGUGCGGUACCUCAAGGGCCGAGGCCACGGCGGCCCCAUCGGCGCCCACGCCUCGCCCGACGACCUCGCCUACAAGUGCCUCAAGGCCCUCCUCGCUGUGAAGGAGCCGUUCGGUGAGGGUCGGGAAGUGGUGACGAUCGAGGCCUUCAACCGCUUCGUGGAGUGGUUCGGCCCCAUCAAGGACUCGGCGCCGAGCGGCUCCGCGUCGGCCACCACCCCCGAACCGACGUCGCAGCUCUUCACCCGCAUUCUCACCACCCUCGCCCAACCAUGGUUCCACGGGGUGCUGAGCUCGCCCGAGGCCGAGCAGAAGCUGACGCGGGGCGGCGUGGGCUCGUUCCUGCCGGGCGCCUUCACCCUCUCGUGCGUGUCGGCCACGGCCGGCAUCACCAGCUACCGCCUCCUCCAGCCCCUCGGCUGCGGCCAGGGCUUCGUGCUCGACAACGAGCACCGCUACCCUUCGCUCGUCCUCCUCGUCCAGGCCCUCGAAGGUCCGCUGCGUUUGGAGAUGCCAUGCGAGGGAUCGCCGUUCGCGCGCAUCUUCAAGGACCCGACCUAUCUCCCGCUGGCGCCGGACCAAGCGGUGAGCGACGAGACCUACUGCCUGUGGGACGUGGCCAGGCUGCCCGCGCCGUGA